AUGUCGUCUCGUGGCGGCGGUAACUAUGGUAACCGCGGUGGGCCCUACGGUGGGGGUGGGGGUGGGGGGAGUUAUAGAGGGGACUAUCAGCCGAGACGAGGGGGUCGUGGUCGUGGGAAUUGGCGUGGUGGCAAUAGGGGUAGGGGUGCAAACAUGCAGCCUGUAAGCAGACCUCAACACAACACUACGGAGGAUAGAUUAGAUAGCCUGAUUAUAAGGAUUGGCGAGAAGAGUAACCAGUCGUUGCAGAACAAUCUUUUGGUGUUGAGCGAAGUGCUUAAUAGGGAGCUGGAGACGCACCGGCAUAAGAUACUGGCCACGAUGGGUGCCUGUAUCCAUGAACUACCCCACAAAACAACCAUAUACACGACACUUGUAGGCUUAAUCAACGCCAAGAACUUUGACUUCGGACAGUGUUUUGUCGAGUACAUUGUGCAUGUACUGUUUAAGAGCUUCUUGGAGGACAACGAGUUUGUGAAGAUUCGCGUGACUGUGCGUUUUGUAGCGGACCUUGUCAACUGUAAUGUUGUUAGCAGCGAUUCGGUCAUUGACAUGUACCACGAGUUCCUCAAGGUCGCCGACGAGACCGACAUACCCCAAGAGCGUUCUGAUUUGUAUCUGGAGUGUGUUAUGGCUUCGCUGCCGUGGGUAGGUUUAGAGCUCUCACAGUCACGGUCAAAGGAACUGGACGAGAUUAUGCGCCGCUUAGAUACGUAUAUGGCACACCGUAAUACAAGCUACACACAGUGCAUGAAUGUAUGGCGAGACGAUGCACACAACACAUCCCCUGCUCAGGUGGAGAGCAUGGAAGCACUCUGGACGCAGGUCAAAACGCUGGAGAACAAGCGUUGGGAUGACCAGGCCAUAUAUCGGCCGUACCUGUCGUUUGACCACGAGUUAACCGAGGCUACGCCGCACACCAUACCGUCGAUCAGCAUCCCUGUACAUAUGCACGGUACAAGCAUCUAUCCGCUGCGGUCAGUCGUGUUCAGGCUGUGGGAGGAAUCAGACAUACCCCGAGACCUGCCCCAGUUACAGAAGAACGAUGAUAUCGAGCGAUAUGUGAUUGAUCAACAAGUGCGUGAACUGAUAAUCACCUUCAAUGGCAGCCGCAAGGACUGUGUCAAGAACAUGAUUGCCAUUCCCUAUGGCGACCGAUUCCCCUUAGAAUACAUAGUUGUGGAAGUCAUCUUCGCAGAGCUCUUCCGGCUUCCCACACCCGACUUCCGAGCGUGUACUCAAUGUGUAGGCGAGAAUGUUUACAAGGUCAUCCGGUUGUUAAGCAAAUACGAGGACGCCAGCACAGGGCUUGGUGAGAUGGCUGCGAAACUGGUAGACGCGUUCAGGGAACGACAGUCGUCUGACCAAAUCGCCAAAAUGUUAGACGAACAGGUCACCCCAGAACUAUUAAGAAGUGAGGGUACCUCAGCUAUAGGGUUCGAUGCCGAAAGCAGCGAAGAAGAGCAGUUGGUAUGUACCUCUGCAACGUGUGUAUGGGCAUGGAUGGCUUAA